UGAUGGAGCAACAGUAGACGGAAAGAUGGAGGAUUUCACUGCGGGAGCAUCAUAGAAAACGAAGACUUAUAGAAAAUGGGAUUAACCAAUUUUGAGGAGUGACUACGUUGAAAAUUAAUUAUAAGAAAAACAUGACGUGAAGAUAUAUAACAUUUAGUAGUGAUUAAUACUAAUACUAAUGACUUUAUCUUAAUAGUGAGGGUCAAGGUGUAUAAAUCAGGUGUAUCUGAUCUGACCUAAUAUGAUCUGACCUCAUCAACACACUUGUCAUGAAUCAGAGAAAAUCAGUAUACUAUAACAUCUAUUGACAAUAAGAUAAUUUUAUGAUGUUAUUUCUAAGCAAGAAUACAAUAUACUGUCAUAAAGGCUGACUGUCAUGCGCUGAUGAAUGCUGACACUGUAAAUUGUUCAGAUCGAAAUAGUUUACAAUGGAGAUGGUGUGUUGGCCAUUGAGAAACGACGCCCCACAAUUUUCCAGGACCUGUGUGUGUGUGUAUGCAAAUGAGCCCGCAGCAGCAGAAAUACGCAUGUGUUAAUACCUUGACAGACAUGCAGAUAGACACCACUUUCAAUAAAGAUUAACUCGGAGUAUCAAAAAAAUAGAACUCAGAUAUAUGCACAUACAUAUACGUAUACAUACACACAUAAAUACAUAUAUACAUUAAUCAAUCAAGCUAUCUUACUCAUGUUUUGACUUGUUUAAGGUAUACAUGCGUUAAAGGUAUUCAUACAAUAUACAUGUUAAUAUAUACGGAUAUACAUGUAAUAGUAAAAUUAUCUUGUUCAACUUGUGUCGUGUUCAAACGAUAUACACAAUGACUAUAUAUAAGUGAUUUAACGAAUGUAUAAAAUAUUCGUGUCCAUUGUCUGGUCAUCAUAUUACUGACAGACACGAACUAUAAUCAAAACAGUGACAGAUUGACAGGUGUAUACCAUCUGUCUAACUGUCUGUUUGUCUGUCUAUCUGAGAGAGAAAGAGGGAGGGAGACACGAGUCUUUGAUGUCUCCAAAACUCAGUCGAAAUUGUUGCUUGUUUGAAUUUCUCGCUUUACUGAGAAAACGUUGUUGCUGGAAUACAUAGCUUUAAAAAAGAUAUAUACCUAUUAAUAGAGGAUAUUUAUAUAUAUAUUUAUCCGUGUAAAUAGUAUACAGAGGCGAUACAGGUAAAUAGCAUAUCAACACCUGUGUGACGUGAAGGUCUGGUGACAUUUACAACUAAAGAAUGAAAGAGCAUGACUAGAAUUAUAUAAAGAACACCAAUAACUGGGUGAUAUAGACCUACAAAAAAAGGAAGAAUAUUUGUUUCCAAGAGUCAGUCAGCUUAAGUGAUUGUGUACAUGACUCACAGAAAGAGUAACGAUCGUGACUCACACAGCGGAAGAUAAACAAAGCAUGAGACACAAAGUGAUUCUUGUAACGUCUUGGUUGUGGCGAUCGGUGUAGAACAAACAUGUUGACAGAGGCUGGCGGACAAAUAUCUGAGGUAAAAUCCUUGGUUGAGAGCCUGCAUAGCGACGAAGGGAAUUCUGAUCACAACUUUGUCAUGACGGAAAUGGCAAACUCAGGAGGACAUGUCUGGACUUUGGCAAAGCGGAAAGUUGCCUGUGAGGAGAAAGAUCUGAGAUGGGAGGAACGUGAUGGAGAAGGGAGUACGUUCAAGUCGACCUCCCUCUGCCUCCUUCACCAGGCGUUCCAGAGUUCACCAAGCUCGAAACUUUUCCUGGUGGACUGGGAAGUGUGUCGAGACGUGGGUAUAAAUGACCCUAACUUGGGCCUUCUCUGGGCUAACUUAGCCAGUCAGGAGGACAACUUGAGCCUCUCCCUGCUGCCUCAAGUUACACUGGCCUCGGGGAAUAAGAAUGACACACUGACAGUCAUUCUAAACACAACACAGCACCAAGACGUCGCUCACCAUGGAAACGAAACUUUCAACUCCAACGAUGUGACGGAAAGUUCUCCUCGAAAAUCGUCCCUGAGGUGUUGCUGCUCCUCCAUGAUCAAGGACCAAUACACUCUCAAGGACGAGCAGCCAGGGAUACACCAGCACCUUCAGGAGCUACCAAAUCACAAUAAAGAUCUUACGAUUUUCUCCAAGAUUGAAUCAGAAGCUGAGGGGCGAAGCAGAAUCGAAUCAGAUGCAAUGCUUCGACUCAUCAACAGAGACUUGGAACUGAUGACUGAGCAGGACACAAACUACAAUCGGAAGUUGUCAGUAAGUCACAUUCACUGCCUCCUGACUCCCUCUGACACCGAGGAACCAGACAGAAUCGACCCGAACGAGAAGCGGUUUCAAUCCUCCGACAAAGACCUGAUAUUAAGAACUAACCAAGACCUGAAGACCAGAACAGACCAGACCUCACAGACCUUCGGCAGCCCCUACAGCUCUACCAGGUCCUGUGACGUCACCACGACACCACAUUACAGAUCAUCCUGGCGAGACCCUGAACAUGAUCACACGACACCCUGGGGAGCACCCACCCUGCCCACCCUGCCCACCCUGUCCACCCUGCCCACCACUAGCCAGUUAUAUGGUGGGCACUCAGAUUCUACCCAUAGCCCACCCCAAGGACCCUACAACCCACCCAACGGAUUCCACAACUCACCCCACACAACCCACAGCCCAUGCCAAGGAGCCGAGAGCCCACACACCAAGGCCAGCAGGAACCAGCUGUGUGGUGGGCAAACAGCUGGUCACUCACACGGUAGAGGGUGGGUGGUGGGGGCGUCGUGGGUGGUGUGGGUGCUGCCUCUGUUGCUCCUCCUGCCAACCUUAGUCUUGGCUGACACAGAGAUGCGACCUUCGUUGACCACACCUCGACAAAACCUGACAGUGGCGGCGGGAAGGAGAGCCCGGCUUAUCUGCGUCGUGGAGAACCUGGCUAAUUAUAAGAUAGCCUGGACACACUAUGGCAGCAGUGGUCGAGCAGUGCUUACCGUAGACACACUGGUCAUCACCAAGAACCAGCGGGUGUCUCUACUGAAGGAACGUGGGGGAGCCUCUUGGUCUUUGGUCAUCAACAACGUUACAACCACUGACCUCGGCGAUUAUCUCUGUCAGGUCAACACCGUCCCCCCUGAGAAACUCUACUUUCACAUCUCCGUCGUGGUGCCACCGGUCAUCAUCCACCCGCCAGAGGACGUGACGGUGGCGGAGGGUGACGACGUACUGCUGGAGUGUGACGCAGCAGGUGACCCACAACCUACUCUGACCUGGAGAAGGGAGGAUGGUGCUCCCUUCUCCCUUAACAACUCCCAUGUGGUGGAGGCGGCAGGACCAAGUCUCCAUCUGGUCUCCGUCAACAGAGAUGAUAGCGGAGCCUUUUAUGUGGCCUCCAAUGGCAUCCCCCCAGCAGUCUCCGCCAGGGCUGAGGUCUCCGUGAAGCUAAUCGCUCCAGAGAUGCGUGGAGGGACGGGCGUGGUGUGGGUGGAGGCGUGGGACAGAGCCACCAUGGAGUGCCACUACCGCGCCUGGCCCGCCCCUAACGUCACCUGGACCAAGGACGGCGAUCUCAUUGAAGGCUCACGAGAGACGUGGGUUGGCUGGGGUGAAGGAGCCUCCACCUUACUACUGAAUACUGUUGGACCAGACGACUUCGGCCACUACCGCUGCUUAGUCACUAACAACCCAACUAAUUCAUCCAUGUUGACGCUUGUUGGGUCCACUGCCCCCCAGGAGCUGGGUCCCACAGAUGCUGCCCCCCACCAUGUACAGGAAGCCGCCCCUGCCCACAGAAACCCCGCCCCACCCACUAUGCUACUCCCCGUUUCAAUACAGAUGUCAUCACCAGUAUCAUAA